UUGAGCUAGACAGGUGCACCACUAACUGAAGCAGGUCCUGCACUGGAUUUAUUACUGCUUUCUGCCUCCCUCGAGGAAAAUGGUCAACAAAGACAUGAAUGGAUUUCCAGUCAAGAAGUGUUCUGCUUUCCAGUUUUUUAAAAAAAGGGUACGAAGAUGGAUCAAGAGCCCGAUGGUGAGCAUGGAAAAACAUCAGACAACCAGCCUCAAAUACCCGGGGUCCACUGUGAUGCAUAUACCUCAAGGAGAGCCGGACAUUGAGGCUCCAUUAUGCCAGAUGUGCUUCAGUGAUCACACUUUUCAAAGAGGAAUCGUCCCACAGGACACUGAGUCCUGUUCCUGGGAAGGCCACAGAAGCUGUAAUAUGAAAGAACUCUACAAUAAAGAAGAUAUGUUGGCUCAACCUGACCAGAGGACCUUCUGGAGUCAUGAUGACUCAGCGUUCAUGAAACAGAGAAGAAUGGGGCUGAACGACUUCAUCCAAAAAAUAGCCACCAACUCCUAUGCAUGCAAACACCCAGAAGUUCAAUCUAUUUUGAAGAUCUCUCAGCCUCAAGAGCCUGAACUUAUGAAUGCCAAUCCUUCACCUCCUCCCAGUCCAUCCCAGCAGAUUAAUCUUGGCCCAUCAUCUAACCCACAUGCCAAGCCAUCAGAUUUCCAUUUCCUGAAGGUUAUUGGGAAAGGCAGUUUUGGAAAAGUUCUUCUUGCAAGGCACAAGGCAGAUGAACAAUUCUAUGCAGUUAAAGUUCUCCAGAAGAAAGCGAUCUUGAAGAAGAAGGAGGAGAAACACAUAAUGUCAGAACGCAAUGUCCUACUGAAAAAUGUGAAGCACCCUUUCCUGGUGGGACUCCACUUUUCUUUCCAGACGGCUGACAAACUGUACUUCGUCCUAGACUACAUUAAUGGUGGAGAGUUGUUCUACCAUCUCCAGAGGGAACGUUGCUUCCUGGAACCAAGAGCUCGUUUUUAUGCUGCUGAAAUUGCCAGUGCACUGGGCUACCUGCACUCUCUGAAUAUAGUUUAUCGGGACUUGAAGCCAGAGAACAUUUUGCUUGAUUCUCAGGGCCACAUUGUCUUGACUGACUUUGGGCUCUGCAAAGAAAACAUAGAACCCAACGGCACAACUUCCACGUUCUGUGGCACUCCUGAGUACCUUGCCCCUGAAGUCCUCCACAAGCAACCGUACGACCGGACUGUGGACUGGUGGUGCCUUGGAGCAGUUUUAUAUGAGAUGCUUUAUGGACUGCCCCCUUUUUACAGCAGAAACACGGCAGAAAUGUACGACAACAUCUUGAACAAGCCUCUGCAGCUGAAGCCAAAUAUUACAAACUCUGCUAGACACCUUUUGGAGGGCCUUUUGCAAAAGGACAGAACCAAGAGACUGGGUGCAAAGGAAGACUUUAUGGAGAUUAAGAAUCACAUCUUCUUCUCUCCAAUUAACUGGGAUGAUCUCAUUAAUAAGAAGAUUACACCCCCUUUUAACCCAAAUGUGAGCGGCCCCAACGACCUGCGACAUUUUGACCCCGAGUUUACGGAGGAGCCAGUCCCAAACUCCAUAGGCCAGACUUCUGACAGCAUCCUCAUCACCGCCAGCGUCAAAGAAGCUGCGGAAGCUUUCCUGGGCUUCUCUUAUGCUCCUCCCAUGGAUUCUUUCUUGUGAAUCUCUAAUAAUGAUUUCUAUCACUUAUUCUUUUUUAAAAUGACCUUCCGGUGGCCUUCUGGUCAAGCUGCCUGUUGUCUGGUCAUCUUGAAAAGAUUAUAUUUUGCACGUCUUCCCACUGUGUGGCAACUUAUGCAGCCUUAAUUUCAACUCUACUGCUGACAUUUGCCGGAAGCGUUUUUCUCUCCCCCCCCCUUCUUUGUGGUUCUUGUUGCUGUUGUUUGUUUUUGGAAGAGCACACUUAACUCCUCUGAACUUGCAAACAUUUCACUUCCGGUUGGUUCUUCCCACUCACCAAAGUGGUGCUAUCUCUCCUUUGGAAGUUACGAAGAAGGAAAAAACAAAAAAAGCAAUGGCUGCCAUAAACUGCUGUAGAUUGUAAGCGUAUGAACAAACUGCUACGUGUAUUAUUAUUUGGAGUGAAUGUUCUGAAAAGCCUAGCUUGGAGAUCUUGCUGGAUGUGAUGAGGAUUUUAUGAGAAUGUGCCUUUUUUUCCCCCUGAUAGGAUCUUGCAAGCUCCAAAGCUUUUCCUGUCACAGAGAGCUUCUUGAUUCACACGUGUGUGUGUGUGUAUAUAUAUCUCUGUGUGUGGGUUGCUAUGUAGGCUGUGGUAUGCACAACUUGCAAAAGGACUUAGAAGUGCAAGUGCAACACUUGCAGGACAUUACAAUGUGGGGCAUUGUUUGUUCCUUCCAUAUUUGGAAGACAAUAAAUUAAUGAACUGUAUAUAUUUUUUAAUUUGUAAUAUAUAUAUAUACAUAAAUAUAUGUAUAUAUAUUUAUAUAAACCUACAACAUACUGUACAGUUAACAUCUGAAACUCUAGGGACGGGCUUCAGUGACUUAUACCCUGAAUGCUUGAAGAAAGCAUUGCUGCUAUGGAAAUAUUAAAAAUAUUUCUAUUUUUAAGAAAGGGUUUCUACGGACCAAAAUGCCCCAGCUGAGGUUUGUCAAAGCUGUUGGUUUAGUUCAUUAUUUUUUGUUUGUUUGUCAUCUGUAAAACAGGGCAUUAUUUAUGGUUUCUAAAGAAAAAUAAUAAUGUUUGCAUUCCUGUUUGUAUGUAUUUGUAAAAAGACCUGUACAGUUGGUUGCAAUGCUAGAUGUAUAUCUAAAAGGACAAAGGAAAAACCUUUUAAAGGCUUAUAAUGUAUAUCAUCCUUGAAAUGUACUUAACAUGGUUAUAUGUACCAUUUUUGUGACCAAACCUAUUGGUUUGCAAUAAAAUCUUUGACAAUAUUUCUAUAAA